GUUUCAAUCUAAUGUAUGUAAUUUAUAUCAAAAUGGUUAUACGUGCGUCAUAACCUAGGAUUCUUGGGAUAUAUUCAAGGAAAUUUCUUCAGAUCCGCCAUGUUUUAGAAAGUGUUGUUUUGGAUUCAGCAAGUGGCUGGGUCGAAACGCGAUGGAAAGAGGGACUAGGCAGUUUUGGGGAAAGAACGGGGCUAGACAGACAGUGUAUCAAUGCUAUUAAAAACGCAAAUGGCGGGCUAUGAGUUCUAUGAUGCGGUCCUCAACAACGAGUUGACCGCAUUAAAACGGAUAGUCGCUCAAUAUAAAAAUGACCUUAAUGCGAAGUUUGUGGAAGUACGGAAGAAAAACCACGCUGAUCUGUGUCCGAUCCAUUUAGCAGCGUAUCGGGGCUACACAUACAUGCUACAGUACCUCAUCGAGUCGAAAUGUGACGUGAACAAAACAACGUCAACACUCAGACGAACGGCUCUCCAUUUUGCCGUGUUGCGACACAAGAUGGCGUGUAUGUUGCUACUAAUUGCGGCAGGGGCCAAACUUGACGUCAAGGACACGUUUGGUAACUCACCUUGCCAUUACGCCGCUGACGACGGGUACUGCCAGUUUUUGGACGUGUUAAUCAGACGUGGCGUAAACGUGGAUAUUCAGGACAUCACGUCAAAAACACCGCUAAUGAAGGCAGUCAGAAACAACAAAACGGACGCCGUCUUGAGAUUACUAAGGGGAAACAGUAACAUCAACAUAACGGACCGUAACAGCGACAUGGCGUUACAUUACGCCGCAAGAAACGGGUGUGCGGAUAUCAUCGAUAUUUUGAUAGCGUCACACAGUCAGGUUGACGUUCAAAACUACUGGGGACGGACCCCUCUCAUGGAAGCAGUGUGCUAUAACCACCGAGAAGCAGUGGCACGGUUGAUUCGUGCAAACUGUGAUCUCAACAGGCGAGAAUUCAAAACCGGCGAUACUGCACUGCAUAUCGCGAUAAAACGGAACUAUACCGCAGUAGUUGAGCUUCUCCUCGCGGCCGGCACGCGACAUGACAUUUAUAACCACCAGGGGGAGACUGCGGCGUACGAAGCCGUGAUUAGCAACAAACUAGAUGUGAUUAAACUUAUGGUGAUCCAUAAUUGUGAUUUAGAACAACCAAUUAAGUACUUCUGCACAGGCGUUUACAAAUCUUUGUUUCAAUUAGCCGCUGAAAAGGGACAUUUUGAUAUAUGUCGUCUGCUUGCGAAGUACGGAUACGUGGAUUUCUCCGCACGUGUUCAUUUCUACGCUGGUUACGUACCAACACGUGUUGGAAGCGAGACAGACGAAGUGCUGCACUGGUUGCGCCGGAAGAUGCAGACGGCAACAUCACUACAACGGCUGUGCCGGAAAGUGAUACGGCGACGUCUAGGUCACAACAUUUUGGAAAAGAUCGAUAAGGUGAACAUGCCGAAGGCAUUAAAAGAAUAUGUGCUAAUUUCUGACUUUAAAGAAACACAUGAUCAAUUCUCACCAGAACUGUGAACAUCAUAAGAACUGUGAACGUCACCAGAACUGUGAACAGUAAAAAGAUAAACAGAUUUUUUUUUUCACACAAGUCACAAAUAGUCACAAGAUAGCUACCUAUCGGGUGUAUCAUUGUUUUGAAAAAUACCAUACAUGUAUGUGUUUUCAACAAAACAAAAACUAAGAGUCAAAUUAAGUUAUACAAAAAAAAGUAAAUUUACAAAAACAUUA